GAGAAUCCUUCCUCCAGCUCGGCCAGUCAGUCGCUCGUCGGACGGACGGAUCCCAUGGCUUCCACCGGCUUCGCGCCCUCCGCCAACGGGCGCACGGGCUUCAGCCGCAAGCAGGAGCGCAGCAGCAGCGGCCCCGGGCUCAAGCUGGGCGCCAAGAAGAAGAAGAUGACCAUCAAGCCCUUCAAGGUCACGCCCAAGCUGCCCGAGGCCUUCGAGGAGGACACGUGGGCCAAGCUGCAGGCCGCCGUGCAGGCCGUACACGCCAAGCAGACGUCGGCGCUCAGCAGGGAGGAGCUCUACCGCUCCGUCGAGGACAUGUGCACGUGGAAGAUGGCGGCCAGGCUGUAUACGAAGCUGGAGGAGACGUGUGCGGUGCAUGUGCGUGGCCGAGUGGAGGAUCUGCUGCAGUAUUCGGCUGGAGAUAUGAAUUUGUUCCUGGAGGCGGUGCACAAGCUGUGGGAGGACCACUGUGAAGACAUGCUGGUGAUCCGCACGAUCUUCCUGUACUUGGACCGCACGUACGUGAUGCAGACGCCCCACAUCGCGUCCAUUUGGGACAUGGGGCUGAAAUUGGUGCGCGACAACCUGGUGGAACGUCGGAGCUUGGAGACGAAGCUCAUUGACGCGUUGCUGGAGCUCGUCGAGCACGAGCGCAAGGGCGAGGCGAUCAACCGAAGCUACCUGUACAACUUGCUGCGGAUGCUGCUGUCACUGCAUUUGUACCAUGCCGACUUUGAGACACCGUUCCUGACAGCCUCGGAGCGGUUUUACCUACAGGAAGGAGCCACGACGGUCGAGUCAGCGAGCGUGCCACAGUUCCUGGUGCACGUCGAGAAGCGCCUGCACGAGGAGAAUGAGCGCGUGAACAACUAUCUGGACUCGUCUACCAAGAAGCAGCUCAUUUCAGUGGUCGAAAGCAAGCUGUUGAAGCCCCACGUAGCUACACUUCUGGAGCGCGGCUUCGAGACGCUGAUGGAGGAAGGCCGGGUCGAGGACCUGAAGCGAAUGUACGCACUUUUCGCCAGGGUGGAUGCGAUUAACGACCUCAAGACGGCAUUUUCCAACUACAUCCAGAAGAACGUCUCGAAGCUGGUGAUGGAUGACCAGCAAGAGAAGACUUUUGUAGAGAAGAUCCUCAAGCUCAAGGCGGACUUGGACGCAGUGUUGAGCGACUCGUUCCAGUCGAACACAGACUUCUCGUUCGCGAUGAAGUCGGCCAUGGAGAAUGCGAUCAACGUCCGUGCGAACCGUCCAGCCGAGCUCGUGGCAAAGUUUGUCGACUCCAAGUUGCGAACUGGCAACAAGGGCGGCUCCGAGGCGGAGGUGGAGAAUCUUUUGGACCGCGUCAUGGUGAUUUUCAGGUACAUUCAAGGCAAGGACGUGUUCGAGGCGUUUUACAAGAAGGAUCUUGCUAAGCGCCUGCUGGUGGGCAAGAGUGCAUCAUUUGACCUGGAGAAGCUGAUGCUGUCGAAGCUGAAGACGGAGUGCGGUAGCUCGUUUACAAACAAGCUCGAGGGUAUGUUCAAGGAUAUCGAUCUCUCUCAAAACGUGAUGACUCAAUUCCAGCAACACGCUGCUAGCAGUUUUGAUUCGUCCAGAAACGAGUUGGAGGCCCUGCACGGAAACCGUGGUAUCCCUGACAUGCAAGUCCAAGUGUUGACGACCGGAUUCUGGCCUCCGUACGCGGCUGUCGAGAUCAACCUCCCGGAUGCACUGGUACCGCUGAAGGAUAUUUUCGACAAGUUCUACUCGUCCAAGUAUCAAGGCCGUCAGCUUCAGUGGCAACACUCGCUCGCCCAGUGUGUGGUAAAGGCUACCUUCCCUUCGGGCAAAAAGGAGCUGGUGGUGUCGCUGUACCAGACUGUGGUCUUGCUUUGCUUCAACGGAGCCGAUUCGUUGGGAUUCAAGGAGAUCAAGGAGCAGACGCGUAUUGAAGAUGGCGAGCUUCGACGGACCCUGCAGUCGCUCGCAUGCGGUAAAACGCGCGUGUUGCAGAAGGUGCCGAAGGGCAAGGACGUGAACGACGACGAUUUGUUUGUAUUUAACAGCAACUUCACGAACCAGUUCAUCCGCAUCAAGAUCAACUCGAUCCAGAUGAAGGAGACCAAGAAGGAGAACGAAGACACCCACGAGCGUGUGUUCCGAGACCGCCAGUACCAGGUGGACGCAGCUAUUGUGCGUAUCAUGAAGGCGCGCAAGAAGCUGUCGCACGCGCUGCUGAUGACGGAGAUCUUCACGCAAGUUCGUUUCCCCGCAAAGGCUGCCGACAUCAAGCGCCGUAUCGAAAGUCUCAUCGACCGAGAGUAUCUGGAGCGAGACCAAAACAACGCCCAGAUGUACAACUAUUUAGCGUGA